CUCAGUUUGCAAAGCCCAACGCAGUGAAAAGUUGCAGCUCAUAAUCUGCUUUGAGCUUGAAAGGCAAAAGGUAAGCAGGCUGACUGCUAGCGCAGGAUCGACGCUAUCAACGGCGGGACAGUUCGCGCAACAACUUCUUCUCGCAGCUCACAGCUGUCAAUGAUGGCGCCUCCUCGAAAUGCAGGCGACUCCAGAGCAGCUCUGGUCAGUGUUGUGGUCGCCCUAGCUGCGCUUCUAUCACUUCCAGCUGCUGUGCGCGCGUUCGGUGCGUCAGACUACCAGGACGCGCUAGCCAAAUGCACUCUCUUCUACGAGGCGCAGCGCUCCGGGGCCCUUCCUAGCUCGAACCGCGUCUCGUGGCGUGGCGACUCUGGCCUCUUAGACGGCCAGCUGGCGGGCGUUGAUUUGACGGGCGGCUACUAUGACGCGGGCGACAACGUCAAAUUCGGGUUUCCCAUGGCGUUUACUGUAACCAUGCUGUCUUGGUCCGUCGUGGAAUACGGAAACUCGAUGGGCGGCGAGCUGGGCAACGCGCGCGCGGCCAUCCGGUGGGGCAGCGACUACAUCCUGAAGGCCUUCCAACCGCCCAGCACACUCUACGCCCAAGUCGGGAACGGCGACGCCGACCACUCCUGUUGGAUGCGUCCGGAGAAUAUGGACACCCCGCGGACGGUUUACCAGGUCAACGCGAGCAGCCCGGGGACCGACAUUGCGGGCGAGUUCGCGGCCGCGCUCGCGGCCGCGUCUAUCGCGCUCCGGCCAUCGGACGGCUCCUACGCGGACAAGCUGCUAUCGACGGCGCGGCAGCUGUUCACCUUUGCGGACACUUACAGGGGUUUGUACUAUGACAGCAUCGGCCCGCAGGCCCGGUUCUACCAAUCCUACAGCGGCUACAACGACGAGCUCCUGUGGGCGGCCACGUGGCUGCACCGCGCGUCGGGCGACGGUACGUACCUUGACUACGUGGUUAACAACCAGGGACCGCUGAACGCGGCCGGCUCCGCGACGGAGUUCAGCUGGGACAGCAAAACCGCCGGCGCCGACAUUCUGCUCGCGCGCCAAGCGCUCAGCUGCGGGCAGACAAACGAGCUGUACACGCAUAUACGUAUGGCGGCGGAAACGUUCGUGUGCUACUUCGUCAACAAGCAGGUGCCCACCACGCCAAACGGCCUGGGCUAUUGCCAGGACCCCACCCUGACAUCGGCUCCGACGUAA